AUGUCAGAAGUAAAGAAUAGUGUUAUACAAGAGAUUAUAAAGAAGAUACAAAGAUAUGUAUUCGAGAGACGGUUACGUAUUGACGAGGCAUUCGCUGACUUUGAUCCAUAUAGACAUAAGGUUAUCACUUCGACUCAGUUUAUUAGAGCUUAUGAACUCUUGGCACAAUACUAUCAAGUGCAGAAUGGUAUGAUACAUUAUGCUAAUUUCUGUGAUGAUGUAAAUAAAGUAUUCUGUCUAUAUAAGCAUUUAGAGAAGUAUCCAACAGUAGAGAUACCACAACCAGCUCUUACUAAGGAUGAGAAGGAUAUAUUACUCAAACGGUAG